AUGGGAGGAUGCUUCUCCAAACCCAAACCAGUUGAAGUUAAAGUGGAACUCUCUCUCCUGGAAAAAGAAAAAGAGGUGGACGGGCUGUCGCCUAAUGGCAAAGCGAGUCCCUUUGCUGACUGCAGACCUAACGGGGCCCUGGGACACGGCUCUGAUGACGACUCCACGCCGCUCCCCCUCUACCACAAACCACGGGACUACGUGGAGGCCUCCGUGUGUCACGUUAAAGAUCUGGAAAAUGGACAGAUGCGAGAGGUCGACUUGGGAAGCGGCAGAGCUUUGCUGAUCAAAGAACAUGGGGAGUUUUCAGCCAUGGGCCACAAGUGUCCACACUACGGGGCGCCUCUGGUCAAAGGUGUGCUGUCUAAAGGACACGUGCGCUGUCCGUGGCACGGUGCCUGUUUCAACAUUGCGACAGGAGACAUCGAGGACUUCCCCGGUCUGGACAGCCUGCCUACCUUCCAGGUCAGAGUUGAAAAGGACAAAGUGAUCAUUCGUGCAAACAAGCAGGCUCUUCAGUCGCAGAAAAGGUCAAAGCCUAUGGCCCGAUGUUCAGCAGUCAUUAACUCCAGCACAGGCUUCAGCCACGUCCUCAUCAUUGGCUCAGGUCCGGCAGGUCUGGUGUGCGCAGAGACGCUGAGGCAGGAGGGCUUCACCGACCGCAUCGUCAUGUGCACCAUGGACAGACAUCCUCCGUAUGACAGGCCUAAACUGAGUAAGUCCUUAGACAGCACGGCAGAGCAGCUGAGAUUGCGCUCCAUGGAGUUCCUGCAGGACCACGACAUUGAACUGCUCACAGAGAAAGAGGUUGUGGCGAUAGAUGUGAAAACACGAUCUGUGACUUUUGAGGACGGCUUGAGGAUGGAGUAUAGGAAACUCUUUAUUGCUACAGGAAGCAAACCAAAACCGAUGAACUACAAGGGCAAAGACGUCAGGAAUGUGUUUAACAUCCGGACGCCUGAGGAUGCAAACAGCAUAGCGAGGCUAGCCAACAACAAGAACGCCGUGAUUGUGGGAACAUCGUUUGUCGGUAUGGAGGUGGCUGCAGCUCUAACUGACAAGGCCCACUCGGUCUCUGUCAUCGGGAUCGAGUCCGUCCCCUUUAAAAAAGCUCUCGGGGAGAAAGUAGGGAAAGCCAUAAUGAAGCUCUUCGAGGCGAACAGGGUGAAGUUCUACAUGCUGAACGAGGUGUCAGAGAUGAUUGGCCAUCAUGGACAGCUGAAGGAAGUCGUACUGAAGAGUGGAAAAGUCCUGCGGGCAGAUGUGUGUGUCAUUGGAGCAGGAAGCAUCCCUGCAGCAAGUUUCCUGAAGCAGAGCGGCAUCCACUUGGACUCUAAGGGCUUCAUCACUGUGAACAAGAUGAUGCAAACAAACGUCGAUGGAGUCUUCGCAGGAGGAGACGUGGUGAUGUUUCCUUUCCCACCGCGCAACAACAAGAAGGUCAACAUCCCUCACUGGCAGAUGGCUCACGUACACGGAAGAGUGGCAGCUCUCAGCAUGAUGGGCAGAGCCGCUGAGAUCAAAACUGUGCCUUACUUCUGGUCAGCCAUGUUCGGGAAGACCAUACGCUAUGCAGGUUAUGGUGACGGAUUUGAUGAUGUCAUCAUACAAGGAGACCUGGACGAACUGCGAUUUGUAGCAUUUUACACCAGGAGUGAGGAGGUGGUUGCUGUUGCCAGCAUGAACUAUGAUCCCAUUGUAUCCCGAGUGGCAGAGGUCUUAGGAUCCGGAAAGACGAUUAAGAAGCGAGAUGUGGAGACUGGAGACAUUUCUUGGUUGAUCGACAAAGGCUCUCAAUAA